AUGGCAGCACCCAAUCUUGAGUCUGAGUUCGAGGAAGCUGAACCUCCAAAAGUAGCACCCACUCCAGAGUUUGAGUCUAAGAAACUCAAGCCUCCAAAGGUAGCACCCACUCCUGAGUACGAGUUUGAAUCUGAGUACUCCAAGAAAGGGCUGAACCCAUAUGGUGAUAUGAUUGACUUUCAUGAUUUUAUCAAGAAUUUGCUGAAAGUCGAUGAGAACAAGACCCAAUUGCAAGAUAAGAUUCGUAAGCUCAAGAAGAAGUAUGAGACCAAUGUGGGCAAAGGGAAGAAUGUUUAA